UUGUGGGUUGCUGUAAUACUAGAAUCCUAUGUUCUUAAUUACUGAAUCAUGCAAUUAUUGAUAUGCAUGAAAUGCUAGGGGAUUAGUUAGAUUAUUUAAAUACUAUCUUCCUCUAAAAGGAGAAGCAAACUGUUGUGUGUAUGAGAAAUUAACUAGAGGUAACAUGCUGUUAAAGCUGGAUUGGAGAAUCUUCUUUUGCUAUGGCACCUAUUUUUGCUUUCAUUUGAUACUCCAGAAUUAGACUCAAAACCAAUAAUAUCCAUCUAUUCAUGGAAAAUGAUCUUUUUCAGCAUCUUAACAGUUGAUCUGUUGUUUCUAUAUCCAAGCCCAUCGUCUAUAAUGUCCAGAUGAACAACUUGGAAUCUUCCAAUUUUUUACAAAUGUUUAUAUCUGGUCAUGACAACUCUUUUCAUUUGUAGUGGCUAUUUACUUACAUUUUGUUGUCGCUUUGAUAUGUAAAAUCAUGCUACUUAUUUUCAUUUUUAAUAAUUGAUGAUAAUUGAAAAGAAUGUUAAAUACUUUGAAAAGAAAAUUGAUAGUCACCAGUAAGCUUUGCAAAUUAACUGAACUUUUAUUUUAAUUUACUGUUGGUUAUCAGAACAAUUUGGUGUAGCAUCUGUAGCUUUUAUCCUUCAUGAUCUUGUAAAGAAACAACUGCCUUUUGCAUGCCUUAAUUAUCUUGUAAAUCAAUUACCGCUUAUGUGACACUUGAAUGAUCAUAAUUCAUAUUCAUACCCUAAAUUUAGUGAAUUAAUGUUUCUUGGAACGACUUACCCAUCACAAUAGAGAUUGCUCUAUUUAAAAUCUUUUAGUUUUUAAAUGAUUCUUUUAAUCUAGAUAUACUAAUUCCAACUAGCAUAUUUUAUGUGUACUGGUGUAGAUGUGAAUCUCUUAAUUCUACAAUUUUUUCGAAUAGCUAUUCACAUACAAUAGAAUUAUUUUAAAGCUGGUUAAUUUUUAUUUGAUUUAACAAUGAUCACAGAUUCCUCCGAUUGUUUCUUUUCUUACAUAGAAAGAAAAACAAUUGUUAACAAAUGAUAAUCCUAAUGAUUUUUGUUUGGUUUAGGUAUCCACUAUAUGCUAAGGCUGCUCUUUGCCAAGGGUGUUAUAGAGCACUGCGUCUCAAUAAGGCCUUGGAGGCUAAAGCCAAUGUGAAUACUCUGGACUCUCCUUGGCAUCCAUGAGCUCUAUUGAAUCUGCACGCGGCGAUAGAAAACCAUGGACUGGUGAUGCUGCACGUGCUUGGAGGAAUCGUGGGAAAUGCCCUUUGACACCGAAAGAAACAGCAUUUAUCCUCCAAUCUCUUAAAAUCCCUGCCAAUACUUCAAUCUAUUUGGCAGCUGGUGAUGGUCUUAUGGAGACGGAAGGCUUCGCGUCUGUCUACACCAACACACAUACUAAAUCAUCUCUCUUGCAAACAGAAGAUUUUCUCACCAUGCAUGGCAACACUAAAGCCGCAUUGGAUUACUAUGUUUCGAUUAACAGUGAUGCAUAUGUAGCGACUUAUUUUGGAAACAUGGACAAGAUGGUAACUGCAAUGAGAGCAGUGAAUGAACAUCACAGAACAUUGGUUCUGAGCAGGAGGGAUUAUGCAAACUUUACUUCAAUCGGGCUGAAAGGGGUGGAGCUGGCUGAUGCGUUAUGGAAAUCUCACAGGGAAGAUUUUGUGAUGGGAAGGGGUACUGCUUUACCAGAUUGUUUCUGUGAUUCAAUUUUGUGAAAAAAAGUCAUUGGAUGAAAGGAAUUUUGACGUGUAACUCUUAACUGCUCUUUUAAAGACAAGCAACUAAAUAUUAGCUAAUGCUGAAGAUUCACAUUCUUUACUAGGAAUUA